AUGGAUAACAUCAACGCUAAGUCCGGGUUUCUUCCUGGCAUCUUCGGACAUCGGAAGGGAAAAUCAAGGACUGGAGCGACAGCGUCUGGCGAGGACGAGAAAAUGCAGGGCCCGAAACCGGUCUCCUUCUUCAUGAGGAUCCCAAACAAGCCUCGAAACCAUUUCAUUGCCAUGGCCGGCGAAUUCGUUGGCACUUUUCUCUUCCUCUUCUUCGCAUUUGCUGGCACCCAAGUGGCCAACACUCCUCAAACGACUACCGGCAAUACGAGCACAGACCUCCCCCAAGGGCCGAAUCCUAUCCAGCUCCUCUACAUCGCCUUGUGCUUCGGGUUUUCCCUUGCGGUCAAUGCUUGGAUCUUCUUCAGAAUUUCUGGUGGUCUCUUCAACCCUGCUGUCACUCUCGGUCUCUGCCUCAUUGGCGCCGUGCCUUUCAUUCGAGGUGCCCUUGUGUUCAUUGCACAAAUGUUGGGGGCGAUGGCGUCUGCUGGAGUUGUAAAGGCACUUUUCCCCGGGCCACUGGCUGUCACAACCUCUCUUAGUGGGGGAACAAACAAGGCGCAAGGACUCUUCAUCGAGAUGUUCCUCACCGCCCAACUGGUCUUCACCAUCUUCAUGCUAGCUGCUGAAAAACAUAAAGGAACAUUCCUCGCCCCAGUCGGAAUUGGCUUGUCUCUCUUCAUUGCUGAGUUGGGCGGCGUGUACUACACCGGCGGAUCUUUGAACCCGGCUCGAAGCUUCGGCCCUUGCGUCGCCAACCACUCCUUCCCAAGUGAACACUGGAUCUACUGGGUAGGCCCUCUUCUCGGCUCACUCCUGGCUGCUGGGUUCUUCUGGUUCAUCAAAAGCUGCGAAUACCAAACUGCAAACCCCGGCCAGGACUUCGACGACCUCGAGGCUUCUGCUUACAACCCAGAAGAAGACUUGACCCGUCCUGUCGUCAGUCCAACUGCUGUCAUUCCUGACCGUGCCUUGUCCCGCGGGUCAAGGACUUCCAAGGAAGAGAGAUCUGGCUCUCUCCAAGCAGCCCGGGUAGGCUCCGGAACCACCAACACUACCCUGGGCAAUAAUACAAACGGCAAUGCAACAUUCCACGACAGGACCACUGUCCCGACUCAACCCGCCACUUGA